UAAGGAAGCAGUUCCUUGGCACUUAAGGCACCACGGAUGUGCUGAGUGAAACAGGAUGGGUUUUUUAGUAAGUUGGCAUCUAUUAACUUUGCAGCAAUGAUUUAUUCUUAAUUCCUGGGCUCCUCUUCUGGCAGAGAGCCCUCAGGAGCAGCACAACGGCACGGAGCGUGCGGCUCCUUCGGGAGAGGAUGCUGUCAGUGCUGCCGAGCUGGGGGCCGGGAGGAUCGGCCACCACGGGGGUUUGGUUUCCCCCCGUUUUAGGGAAUGUUCUGUAUGGGACAGGACAAAGACCUUUGUGGGUUUUAAACCCUGUCUGCUCCUUUCCCGUCUGCUCAGCUGUAGCAGGGGGAAGCCCCCCCUGAAGCCCCCUACCUUUACCCACGCAGGUGCGGGGGAGCCGCCGGGACAUGGGGCAGCACAUUCCUACCCCCUCCUUAAAAACCAUCGGACAGCCGAACAGCCUCCCCCCCCGCCUUCUUCAUGCCGAUUAUUUUAAUCACAAGCGCGUCUUGUCUGCGUGGCCCAAUGUCUCUCGUAGACGGCGGAAAGUGAAAUUUGUGCAAUGUCUGUAGGAGGCUGAAGAAAGGCCCUUUGUGCGCCCCCCGCGCGGGCGCUGGGCAGCCUCCAGCAGUACCCUCGGCUGCCCCGCGGCUCUCGGCCGCCGCCGUCAAUGCGCCGCUUGUCCGGAGACCGGGACCCGCUCUUAAAGCCGGAGCCGGGCUCCCUUAGCCAGAGCCACCGGCGGGCGGGCACGGCUCUGGGGGGCCCCGCCGCGACCCCACUAUGUUUCUGUACUGGAGGAAACGUGGUGCCUACGAGCUGGAGGCUCUGCCCGCCGGGCUGGCCACGCUGCCCUACGGGGCAGUGGAGCGCUUCUCUUGGAAUUCCAGCCUGGAUGUUGGCGAGGAGCUCACGGGUGAGCCGUGCCCAGAGGUGGAGACAGUGCUGCGCUGCCAGAACCCCGACUGCGCCGGCGAGCGGAGGGCGGCCAAGGUAUGCCACCACGCGGAGUGCCGGCGGCUGAGCGGCAGCGGCUCCCUCAGCCUGUGUGAGCUCUGCGACGGCCGCCUCCAUGGCGCCAUGCACUUCGACGGCCACAUCCGCUUCGAGCUGCCGCCGCCGCAAGGCUCCAUCCUGGCCCGCAACAUGUCGACGCGCUCAUGCCCGCCGCGCACCAGCCCUGCUUCCGACGCGGAGGAGGACGAGGAGGAGGGAGCGGUGGAUAGCAGAGGGGAGCGGAGGAGCUCGGCGCUGAAGCUGCCCAAGAAGAAGGCUCGGCGCAGGCACACGGACGACCCCAGCAAGGAGUGCUUCACCCUGAAGUUCGACCUCAGCGUCGACGUCGAGGCGGAGAUCGUGCCGGCUGCGAAGAAGAAGUCGCUGGGGGAGGUGCUGCUGCCGGUCUUCGAGCGGAAGGCAAUCGACCUGGACAAGGUGGACAUCUACCUGGAGCAGUCGCACACUCCGCUGUCCCUCCAGUUCGAGGCGUUCCGCUUUGGGGGACACUACCUGCGGGUGAAAGCCAAGCCCGGGGUGGAGCUGAAGGUGGAGCAGGCGGCGCGGGACACCAGGUCCACCAGCCUGCCCAUCCUGCGCCCCGCCAGCACCACCGCGCUCCUCGGGCCGGUGCCGGGACGCCGGGAGGGCACCGACAGCGUGGCUCCCGCCCGGCGCAGGAAGAACAUGACCGAAUUCCUGGGGGAUAGCAGCAUCCCCGGCCCUGAGCUGAUCCCCGCCGGCGCCGUGCCCGCCAACGGCACCGACACCUGGAAGAACCGCGCUGCCAGUCGCUUCAGCGGCUUCUUCGGCUCCGGCUCCGGCACCGGCUCCUUUGGGCGGGAGACGGAGAAGCUGGAGCAGCUGGCGAGCCGGCUGCACGCCUACGGCACCUUCGGGCUGCCCAAGCUGCCGCCCCAGCUCCGCUUCGACCGCGACUCCUGGGAGGAGGACGGCGACGAGGCCGGGCUGGCGCUGGAGGAGAGCUGGCAGCAGAUCAUCCGCGGCGCCGAGGCCCUGUCACGCCGGCAGUGCCACCAGCAGGAAGCCAUCUGGGAGCUGCUGCACACCGAGGCCGGCUACAUCCGCAAGCUCCAAGUCAUCACCGACCUCUUCCUCUGCUGUCUGCUCAACCUGCAGGAGUCGGGGCUGCUCUGCGAGGUGGAUGCCGAGCGGCUCUUCAGCAACGUCGGGGAGAUCAUCCGGCUGCACCGUGAGCUGUGGCGCAGCGUGAUGGCGCCGGUGCUGGCCAAAGCGCGCCGGACCGGAGCGCUACUCGACCCUAUGGACUUCCUCGGUGGCUUCAAGAUGUUCGGCUCCCUCUUCCAGCCCUACGUGCGGUACUGCAUGGAGGAGGAGGGCUGCAUGGAGUACAUGCGGACGCUGCUGCGCGACAGCGAGCUGUUCCGCGCCUACGUGACGUGGGCCGAGAAGCACGAGCAGUGCAGCCGCCUGAAGCUGAGCGACAUGUUGGUGAAGCCGCACCAGCGCCUCACCAAGUACCCGCUGCUCCUCAAGUCCGUGCUGAAGAAGACGGACGACCCGCGUGCUCGCGAUGCCGUCACCGCCAUGAUCGGCUCAGUGGAGCGCUUCAUCAACCACGUCAACUCGCGGAUGCGCCAGCGGCAGGAGCGCCAGCGCCUCGCCGCCAUCCUCAGCCGCAUCGAUGCCUACGAGGUGGUGGAGGGCAGCACGGAUGAGGUGGAUAAGCUGCUGAAGGACUUUUUGCGGCUGGACCUGACGGCCCCCAUCCCCGGCACCUCCGCGGAGGACACCCGGCAGCUCCUCCUCGAGGGCAGCCUGCGGAUGCGGGAAGGUAAAGACGGCAAGAUGGACGUCUACUGCUUCCUCUUCACCGACCUCUUCCUCAUCACCAAACCCCUCAAGAAGGCUGAGCGCGCCAAGGUGAUCCGGCAGCCCUUGCUGAUGGACAAGGUCGUUUGCCGGGAGCUCAGGGACGCGGGUUCCUUCGUCCUCAUCUACCUGAACGAGUUGGGCAGCGCCGUGGCCGCCUACACCUUCCAGGCCAGCGGGCAGGCGCUGUGCCGUGCUUGGGUGGAGGCGGUGCGCGACGCCCAGGUGAGGGGCGCGGGGGGCGGACGGGGGUCCCGCCGGUGCCCAACGCCUUCUCUGAUGCUUCUCCUUCUUCAGACCCUGCUGCAGCGGCUGCGGCAGCGCCGGCGCCUGCUGGAGGAGGAGGAGGAGCGCGAGGAAGAGGAUGGCGAGAGCGGCGCCUCGGCCGCCAGCUCGCCCACCGUCCUGCACCGCGGCAGCGCCAGCCCCAGCUCGCAGCGCUGCCCUUCCGACGGCUCCACCGAGACCCUCGCCGUGGGGGACGGCGGCGACGAGCUCUCCUCUCCAGACUGGGACGCGGGGCCCUUCGGAUCAACCUCGGAUGGCUCCUCCGUUGGCACCGGCACCUCCAUUGGCACCGGCGCCUCCACCGACACCCCAACCUCUGCCGAGACCCCCACCCAGGAGCUGCCCGCGGGUGCCCUGCCCGUCCCUCUGCCCCACGGUGCCGCGGCCUCGGCCGGCGGCUGCCGCUCGUCGUCGCUCGACAGCGCCUACGGCACGCUCUCGCCCGCGUCCCUGCAGGACUUCAGCCACCAGCCGGAGGCGGUGGCCGAGGAGGGGCGGCAGCGGGGUCCCCCCACAGCCCCCCGGCUGCUCUCGCCGCGGCUGCGCCGCCGGACGCCGGUGCAGCUCCUGCCCUGCCCGGCCCGGGUGCUCAAGUCUAAAUCGGAGGCCAACCUGCCCCAACUGCUGCCCUCCGCGCCCCUCGGGCACAGCCGCAGCCUCUCCGACCUCGGAGCCGGGACCCCCUGGAGCAGCCGAGCCCCCGGCCCCCCGGCAGCCCCCGGCAGCACCGGCAGCUCCACCUCGGAGCUCUCGGAGCCCGAGGAGCCGGCGGAGAGCCCAGCGGCGCUCCCUGGGCAGCUCCAUCGUAGCCCCCUGCCCGCUGCUCGCCGGACGCUCUCAGACCCGCAGACGGCACAGCACCGAAAACUGACGCUGACGCAGCUCUACCGCAUCCGGACCACGAUGCUGCUCAACUCCACGCUGACCGCCUCGGAGGUCUGAGAGCCGCCGGAGCCGCAAGGAUGGACACGCAGCCACGCCGAGGAGAUGCUCCCGCUUCUAACCGUGCCGCUGCGGCUGUGACUGGGAACGGGGAUGCUGUGCCGCGGCUGUGGGGAUGCGGACUGGUCCCUGCGGCGAGGACGUGCCCUGAGCAGGGUGGCACGGCGCCGCUCCCGCAGUGGGGACGCACGCAGGGCACGGCUCGCGCCAAGACGAGGGCUGGCGCUGUGCCGGACAGGUGGCUCUGGGGCGGCUCCGGUGGGUCGGGAAGGGAUGAUGAUGUUGGUAGUGGUGAGUGGGGAAGUGGCAGCGCAAAGGGGAGCUGAGGCUGGUGCCUGGAGGCGAUGGUGCUGGGUUGGGGCAGGAUUGGUGCCGCAGAGUGGGACGGGCGGUGGGCAGCAGCGCGGGAGCACCGGCGGCACGGCUGUGCUCCGACUGCCGACUGAGCAAUAAACCCAACUGGUGCGCGCUCACUCGCGGCCGCCUCGCCUCUCGUGUGCCCACCGCUGGGACGCCGUGGGGUAGGGUGGUGGCAGCCUCGUGCCCCGGAGUGCAGGAAGAGGGGUCGGUGGUACUCCCCGUAUCCCGGUGCCGAUGCCAAAGGGAGGGUGGCAGCCCGUGGCGGGGCGGUGCCGCUCCCUCCGGCGCCCGCAGCUCCCGUCACGUUGUUUCACCCCCCUUCACCUCAUUGCCAAAAAAAGUAUUUCCUCCCGCCGCGCUCGGGUGUAAAAAGCCGGCGUGGAGGGGGCUGCCGCUCAUUUGCCACGCGACGCGCGCUGCCGGCAGCCAUGGGGCGCCGCGGCAUCCUGCCCGGGCGCUGAGCUGCCCCGACACCGCGCUGCGCCCACCGCCCCGGUGCCCUCGCCGUAGCCCGGCAUGACCCAACCGCAUCGGCUGCAAGGAUGAAGCGCUGCUGCCUCGGGGCGGCGUGGGUGAGUGCGGCCGCACCGGGCUCGGGGGGUGUCGUGGGGCCGGGCGGUGCGGGUCUGGGGGGGUAAGAGCGGUGCCAAGCGUGCCAAAAACUCCCAGUGCUGCGGCUGAGUGCCUCGGGCUCAGCCACGGUGCUGCCGAUGGCCCACGGUGGUGGCGGCGUUGGGGCUGUUGGAUGGGCGAGUGUGGUGGCACGUGGGUGCCGGGGGGCUCGGCCCCAGCGUGGCCGCGUUAUGAGCAAGAGGGGAGCUCGCGUGGCACGAGGAGAUAUCUGUGCCGCGGCUCCUUGGCCGCGGGGCACCUCCACGCCGAGCCGGGGCGGCAGCCCCUCCGCCCGCAGGGGCGCUGACUCAGCCGUGCCGCUGGCAGCCCCGGUGCUCGGGGCCCAUCAGCGGUUUCCAGUCGGCGGGCGGUGGGUGUCAUAGAAAAUGAUUCAGUUGCUGUAAUCGGGGCCAUCGCAGCCGGGAAAUCCACCCGCGGCGAGGAAUCCCCUGGCUGCCUGCCGGCGCCGCAGCCCUCCUGGCGUGGGGGUGCCAACGCGGACACCCCCUCGCCAUCACCACCGGGACGGAGGGCUGCCCCGGGCGCAGCGGGGGACGGGUGACCUACUUUAGGACGCACGUCCGGGGCGCGAUAGCAUCGGUGAGAGCGUGAGCGCGGCACGGCUUCCUCUGCCAGAGGAAAUCGUCUUCUCUGCCAAGAGCAAACCCAGGAAAGUCAACGCCGGCGCUGUUAACCCUCCUGCCCCCGGCUGCCGGCACCCUCACCCCAUAGCCGGCACCGCCGGCACCUCCAUGGCCCGGUGAGCCCAUGGGGAGCACCACCAGCGCCUCCAUCCAACGAGCGGCACCACGGCGCAUCCUGCACGCCCG